AUGUCGGACUCUGAGCUGCUGCCCUCAGCAUCCCCCUCUCCGCCCCCGUUUCACCAGUGCGACUACAGAGAAUGGAGACCCACAUGGGUAAUCAUACCCUCAGUCUAUCUCCUGGUAUUUGUUUUGGGCUCCCUGGGAAAUGGGCUUGUCCUCUGGUCAUACCUGGAUCGACCUGAGGGUAAACCAGCCGGCGUGGGGACCUGCACCCAUCGGCGUCUUCAGCAAUCUGGAAGGAUUUCUACCCCCAAGUUGCCUGACUCCUCUCGUUCCCUUACUGACUCACUCAUUGCCAGCCUGGCAGCAGCAGACCUGGCUUUUGUGGUAACCCUGCCCUUAUGGGCAGCCCACACAGCGCUAGACUACCACUGGCCCUUUGGCAAGCCUCUUUGCCAAGUCAGCAGCUAUUUAGUGGCCCUCAACAUGUAUGCCAGUGUGUUCUCCCUCACGGUCCUGAGCAUGGAGCGUUACUGGGUUAUUGCUGGCCGACGGCGGUCCAGUAGGGCCCAGGGGAGUGGAGUCUGCCGAGCUGCUUGGGUAGUGGGGAGCGUUUGGGUGGUGGCAGGUAUCCUUGCUCUUCCUGCGCUGCUACUGAGGACUGUAAGGGAGGUGGAUGUAGGGGGUCAGUAUGAAGAAGACUGGCAGACAGCUGAGGAAGAGGAACACUCGGAUCAUGAUCACAUGCCCAUGUUCAUAUCUUCCUGUAUGAUGGACUACUCUGGUCUGAUCUCAGCAGAGCUGGAGGAAGAUGACAGGGAGCAGGCAGAGCUACUGUGGACAGCGGCUCUAGGACUUAAAUCCACCUUGGUUGGCUUUCUGUUGCCUCUGAUCAUCUUAUUGAUAUGCUACUGCUCCCUAGGCCGCCUCCUCAGCCGCCAUUUUGGACAGGGUCCUCGCCCCGACCGCCAACGCCAACGCCGCCUUUUGCGAAUUAUCAUCACCUUAGUGCUAGCCUUCUUCCUCUGCUGGCUUCCCUUUCAUGCCAACAAAACACUUUCCAUGCUCGUGGAUUUAGAGCUGCUGCCCUACUCCUGCCCAUUUGACCGGACUCUGGUUGCAGCUCACCCCUAUGCUACCUGUCUAGGGUAUGUCAAUAGUUGCCUCAACCCCCUUCUAUAUGCUUGUUGUGAUAUGGCCUUUCGGAAGCGCUGCCGGGCCUUACUGCAGUGGUUGUGGUGCAGGGGUAGGUGUGGGAGUCCAAUGACAGUAGAUGAUGAUGACAAUAGGGAACAGGCCAGCCGGAGUUCUGCAAUUCCUUCUGGAACACGCAAGGAAACAGGAGAUGGAAUUGAGGGGAAGGAUGACGUGAGACAUGGCAGAGACUGA